CGUGUGCCAACAAUACAAAUUGAAAAAACGGAUGGUUGCCAUAUUUAUUUAUCGAGUAUAUCACUUGAUACACAAUUCAUAACAUCAAAAUCAUCGGAAAUGAGUGUUAAUAUUCCAUUUGGUGACGGUGAAUAUAAAGAAUUUCCAAUAGCUGAACAAUUUAAAACAUAUUUUAAAGAUGGUAAACAACUUGUAACUGUACCCAAUGAAUCAUCUGGUGUUUGA